AUGGGGAAUCAAGGUAAAACUCCGGGAGUAACAGAGAAAGGUCUUGGACAUAAGGUGGCAACGGAACUGGUGUCUGACUAUAGAGACAAGGGAUACACCUUAUUCAUGGAUAAUUAUUAUUCCUCACCUAAACUGUUCAAUGAUCUUGUUAAGUCACGAUUCUGUGCUUGUAGUACAGUCCGCAGUGACAGGCGAGGAAUAAAGCAGACUUUUAAAGACAAAGUUCUUUCCAUUGGAGAAGUAUACAGCGAAAUGACAGAGAGUGGAAUUUUGUGCCUCAAAUGGAAGGACAAAAGAGAUGUGUGCAUGCUGUCAACAUUUCAUGAUGACAGCAUAAUAGACAAGAACCGUCGCAGGAAAGGAGUAGCAGGAAUGGAAACAAUUAGAAAACCAAAGGUGGUAGAGGAGUAUAAUCAGAGCAUGAAUGAUGUUGAUAGACCAGAUCAGAUGGUCCUAUACUAUGGAUAUAGCCACAG